AAUCAUCAUCUUUUCGAUACCGAAGCAGCAACCUUCGCGCCGCCGAGAGAUAACGAGAAAAAAUGGGGAAGAGGUCGAAAACAUCAAGGAAAGGGAAAAAAGCAUGGAGGGCUAACAUUAGCUCCGAGGACAUUGAAGAUUUCUUCGAGAAAACUACCAGAGAUGCUCUCUCCGGUGGCAAUCUCUCCGCUGCUCCCAGCGAAGACUUGUUCCACGUCGAUAAAUCCCAUGACCUUCCGGUGAAGCGAAAGAUUGAGAAACAUAGAGAGAGAGUGCUCCGUGUUGACAGUAUCUUAAAGAAGAAUCCAUUUGUCCAGUUAGUGCCAUCUUCAAAGCCAAAGUUGAAGAAAAGUAAGAAGACAAUCGUUAUAGAAGACAAAGCACCUAAACAAGUUCAAAAAAGUGUUGGUGACGAUUCUGUAAUGGCCGACUUGUGGGGUGAUGAUAGUAAAGGAGAACAUGAGAGCAAUCCUAGAAAGAUUUUCAAAAAUCCUUCGAUUAUUUCAGCAGUAGAAAUUGAACAUCCAGGAUGCUCAUACAACCCUACAACUGAGAGUCACCAGGAUAUGUUGGCUGAAGCCGUCGCUCAAGAAAUGCAGAAAGUUUACAAAACUGAGUUAGGGCCUGCACCUGUUCCUUUGACUAUUGAAGGGGAUACACUCAGUGAAGAUGAGAGGUACUUUCUUGAUGUGGACAAUUUUAGUGAAGGCGAAGAUAAUGAAAACGUUGAGAAUGAAGUGUCAGAGGCUGGAAUUAAAUUAAAGGAGAACCCAUUUGUCCAGUUAAAGCCAUCUUCAAAUACAAACUUGAAGAAAAUAGAAGACAAAACACCUAGACAAGCUCAAAAAAGUGUUGGUGACGAUUCUGUAAUGGUGGACUUGUUGGGUGAUGAUAUUAAAGAAGACCUGAAGUACUUUCUUGAAGUGGGCAAUGUUGGUGAAGGUGAAGAUAAUAAAGAUGUUAAGAUUGAAGUGUCAGAGGCUGGGAACAAUGUCUCAAGGAAAACAAAGAGGGUUACCCGUGUGGAAUUAAAUAAGCGAUGUAGGCAAAAGGCACUGCGAAAAAAAGAGACAAAGGAAAAGGCUAAAGAGAAGAUAUUAAACGAAAUUGACAGCUUGCCCAACAUCUUAGAAGAAAUAGCCAAAGAAGAUGAGGAUAAACAGAAUAAACAUUUACGAAGGGUCAUCGCCAAGCAGGAAGUGCUGAAGAUACGUCCUCCUCGGUUGGGAAAGUACAAAUUUGAGGCUCCUCCAGUUCAAGUCCUCUUGACAGAAGAGAUGACUGGGUCACUUCGUAAGCUGAAGGCAUGUUGCACUCUUGCAAGAGAUCGAUUCAAGAGCCUCGAGAAGCGAGGAAUACUUGUUCCCUCAAAACAGAUUAGAAGGUUUUAGGAACUCUUCUCACUGUCUGCAGCUUGUUUGAGAAAAGCUUUUGGAAGAAAACAACAACAAAGACUGUCUCAAUCGACUCAUAUAUCUUGUGUUUUAACAUAAAGUUUGUUUUACUGUUGUCAAAUUUUGAGUUUAUGAAAAAAAUACAAAAGAUUUUGCUACCAAUCUUUCUGCUUAAUCUCUAUAUGAAGUAUUUUAGUUCGUUGCCCGUGAAUCAGCUAAAGACUGGUGAAGGAAAGAUCCUUUUGAAUAACAAAAAGUUAAAUUUUGUACUUAAAUGUCAUUUUACGAGACAUAAAGCAUAGUGAGUGUUGGUGCUUAAAAGUUAAAACUCUGCUUCAAUCUUAUACACACAUUUUUCCUGAAGUUGCUAUUAUAAUACACUUCUUACAAACCUAUUUUACAUACAAUAGACAUGAAUAAAUGCAACACAAGCUCUACCAUCUAACAAAUCCUUGAAGAGAAAGGACUCCAGAAAGCGUUUCAUGUUUCUUCUGUUGCUGUGAAAGUGUAUAUAUUUGUCGAAAUAGCGAUGAUACUUGUGGCAACAGCAAGAACAAGCAUU